GCAGUAGCAUAUUGCCACCACAACCCAAUCCCGACGCCGCUGCCACCAUGUCUGAAGAUAUGAACCAACGCAUGGAGCAAGUGAAGCAGCGUCUUCAAAGGAUGACUUCAGGAAAUGAAAACCAGAACAUGAGCAAUGUGCACAGGUCGCAGGCAGUCUCAUCCCAUACCUCACCGAUGCGACGAACUUCUCCAUCUACUCACAACCGGCAACCUCCACAACAUCAGUACAUGCAGCCAGCAAUCCCUCCACAACCUCAGCAGUCAUCAAUGACAAAGCCGCGCUCGUCUAGGUUGCCGCAACAUCCUACGAUGCAGGACCAAGGUCGCUUGAAUUCGCAGCAACCAGGGCCGUACGGCCAACCUCCAACCCGAAUUCCCACACAGCGCCAGCAGCACACUUCUCAACAUCCCCCCAUGACGCGGCAACCGCAACCCAACGAUGUGCCCUCGACACAGGAACUUCACAUGCGACUGCAGCAGCAGCGCGCCCAAUUCGAGUCGUUGGGAGCAACCGCUCCCCGUCGAGACGCUCUGCCUGUUCAGUCCCCUUCUCCUAGCAUUCCACGACAACACGAGCGAUCUGGAGACCCCCCCUCGCAUCAUCGACGAGAUCAACUGCAGCCACCGCCUCCUCGUCCCCGUGACGGGGCCCGUGGAACUGUUCCACAGUCGCACACGUCGUCGUCGACCUCGUCUGCCUUUAGCGAGUACAGCGAGCCCUUUCCAUUGAGAACUUCGCACCACCACCCACAGCCGCCGCAGCAGCUUCCCAUGCCCUCUGACGACGACCGGCAAAGCGCGCCGUCCGUGAUCUCCGACUUGUCGCAAAACAUCGACGACGAGUUCAAUCACAAGUUGAUGCCACCAAUUCGCCAGAACGAGUACGACUUUUUGUGGGAAGGCGGCGCACUGGGGCUAGUCCUGGUCGAAGAUGCCAGCGUCCACAUGCCAGUGGUCAAGCGCGUGUCCACACACGUGUCGACCGCCGCCAAGUACGUGGCAGAAGGAGACAUCCUUGUGUACAUCAACGCCAACCGGACGCGGGAUUUCAACAUGCCGGCGCUCAUGGGGAUGCUCAAGGACCUGAAGAAACCCAUUUGCAUGCGCUUCCGCCGCGCCCGCGACCUUCCGGAAGGCAACACACCGACGCUGCCUCCGCUCGAACGGAACGAGUACGAAUUCUUGUGGGAGCAAGGCAGCCUCGGCAUGACGCUCGGCGUCACGGCCCACAAGGCCACGCCGUACGUGAAGCGGCUUACGGGCAAGGGUAUCUCCCCGCACUUGGCGCUAGUCGUGCCAGGGGACGAGCUCGUCAUGAUCAACGAAAACGUGUGCGGCGACUUGGGCUUUGAAGCCGCCAUGGACUUUAUCAAGGCCGUGCCCAAGCCGGCGGUGCUCCGGUUUCGCCAUGCGGUUUCCCCGACCGGUGCCGCUACACCACCGGAGGCCGCGGCGAGCCAUUUUGAGACAAAGCUCAUGGCGCUGGACGAGGCCAACAUGUACUGCGUGCAGUGGAGUGACGGGCCGUUCGGGCUCACCGUAAAGGAGCUCGCGACCGAAUCCGGACCGGUGCCCGUGGUGACAAGGAAGACUGGACGCAACACGUGCGCGGGGCUGCGACGGGUGGCGGUGGGCGAUGUGUUGGUGGAGAUUGGAUCCAUGAAAGUUACGGACCUCGGGUUUGAAAAUGCCACCAAAGUGCUGCGCAACAUCGCCAAGCCCGUGGCUUUGAAAUUCCAAGCCGUCGGCGACUAACCCUAGCAAUUUAUAUAGCCCCGUCAACCCUAUAUUAGACCUACUAGGAAAUAAUAAUACCUCAUCAUCGAAUAAUGCUAUGAUGAUUUAACCAA